CUUCACAGAUACUGUAAUAAAAAUAAGGAAUCGGCACAAUGACGUCAUCCCUACAAUGGCUCAGGGUGUGGUGGAGUACAAAGACAGCUAUGGAGUGGACCCCAUCUCAAGCCAAAACCUGCAGUACUUCCUGGACAGAUUUUACAUGAGUCGGAUAUCGAUUAGGAUGCUUCUGAAUCAGCACACCUUACUAUUUGGUGGAAAAGUCAAAGUGAAUCCAGCUCACCCCAAGCAGAUAGGAAGCAUUGAUCCAAACUGUCAAGUCGUCGAGGUUAUUAAGGAUGCGUAUGAAAAUGCAAGAAGACUUUGUGACCUGUAUUACAUGAACUCCCCGGAGCUGAAAAUAGAAGAAUUCAACGCUAAAGAGCGAGGGAAGCCAACAACAAUUGUGUAUGUGCCCUCUCAUCUCUACCACAUGGUCUUCGAGCUGUUCAAAAAUGCAAUGCGAGCCACUAUGGAAUAUCAUGGAGAUACAUCCAAUUAUCCUGCGAUCAAUGUUCAAGUUGCCCUGGGCAGUGAAGAUUUAACAGUAAAGAUGAGCGAUCGAGGCGGUGGAGUCCCUCUGCGGAAAAUCGAUAGGCUCUUCACUUACACGUAUUCUACAGCACCUCUGCCACGCAUGGAGACGUCUCGUGCCACCCCGCUGGUAAGCAUGCCAGUAUACAAUGUGUGGAGUUAUUAAA